AUGUAGAAACCGGAAUUGCAGAGAAUUUUUAAGGACCUUGCUGCAAGAGUACCAAAUGAAUAAAAGGAGAAAGCAGCCAUGGAAUUGCAGAGUGUCUACUACAAAUACAUUCAAUAGAGUGAUGAAUUGUUCAACAAGAUUCAAAAACUCAUAAAUAGUUCUGAGAUUCAUGAGAAGUUUGGUAAUGGAGGAAUUUUGGCAUUGGAUUAAUUGACAACCACUGUGUAAGAGGCUCAAGUGUUAACCUUUGUAAAUAAGUUUAUUCCAAAUGUGUCAGGUUAAUUUAUCUACAAUGAUGAAAAAUUCUUAAGGAAGAGUGCAGAAGUCUUUGGAAAAUUGCUCAGAUUAGGUGGAACAAAGAUAGCUCAAGUAGUAGAUUCACAUUUUGUGGAGGCACAAAAAUAAUUGAGAAGCGAAAAAUAUAAGCUAGCUGGGGUGCUUAGUUUAAAGGAAAUUUUAAAUGAGGCUGCUUCAAUCACCUUCAAUAAGUUAUUUCAAACUAUGCAAACAGAUCGCAACUUUACAUUAAUUCACGGGGCCAUCAGAUCAAAAUAAUAAGCAUUACGAGAGGCAGCCCUCGAUUUAUUUAGUGAAAUUGUAAAAUAAAUUGCAUAAAGAGAAUAUUACCUAGUCAAAAUAUAUACAGAUGAAAUUGAAUCAAGAAAAAAAUCAAAGGAGGAAGAAUACAUUCAUGGCAAUAUUAUGAUGAUUAAAAUUCUACUCACAUAUGCCAAAUAAGAUGUCUUUUCACAAAAUCAAAUUUAUGAUCAAGGAGAAUACGUGCUAUCUAAAAAAGAUCAUAGAUCAGCUAUUAUCAAUAAGGCAGUGAUAGAAACAUUGCCAAUCCUAGCCAAACAUGCUAAACAUAAUGCAGUCUAGGAGUUUAUGGAAUAAAGCAUUUCAUUUCUAUUAUCCUAGACUACACAACCUAGACCUGUGAAAGAUAAAAGUCUGCCUUACAUGACUUUGGCUAUGCUCAUCUCAUUUUUGAAUGAGAACAUGUUGCAAGAUCUCAUUAAAAAAGUGAUCUUGCAUAUUAGGUAAGAAUUACUACAAAAGAACUUUUGUGUUGAAAUGAUUCACUGUUUAUAAGUGAUAUUCUAGAAUUACACAAGGAAGUUCUCAGAUUUCACAUCAGUUGAUGUCCUCGUAGAUUAAAUACUCUUAAAUGGUUUACAUCCUCAGUCAGUCUAAUUUCUGAAUUAAUUAUGCAGAUAACAAUAAGGACAAUCUAAUUAUAUUCAAUAGAAGCUCUUAUAAACAAUUGCAGCUAUUCUUCUCAGAAAGAUUAUCAAUUUCGUAAAUCCUAAGCAAUAGAACUUUGAGAGCAGUGUCUUGAACGACUUUUAAGGGUAUUUACAAAAAGCCAUCACUACUACAGAAUUCAGAUCUCCUGAAGCUAUUGCUAAUGCUAUUCAAACACUCAGCACUUUUUCAUUUGAUUUAUAGGACAGUCUAGCAAUCUUUGUUAAGGAUGCCGUUCUACCCAAUCUUGCUAAUUCUAAUCCAAUUAUAAGGAAGGCUACUGCAAAAGCAGGAUGUCUGUUGUAUAUAAAGAAAGGGAGAUCAACAGGGUAGUAGAUGAUCUCUAAGAAUGUUAUGUAUGAAAUCCUAGAUAAAUUUAUGAAUGUUGCCAUUUCAGAUACUGAAUAAGAUAUUAGAUAAACAAUGCUUGCAUCUUUAAAUGAGAAUUUUGACCCAUAUUUAAAUUCACCUAACAAUUUGAGGAAAUUGUUUUUAUGCAUGAAUGAUCCAAUUCCAGAAGUUCAAGAAAUUGCUUUAACUAUUCUGUGUCGUUUAUCCAUCUUGAAUCCCUCAGAAAUAACCCCUUUUCUGAAGAAAACUCUAUUUGAAUAUCUAUAAACUUUGACUUUUGAUAGCAAUCAACCUGAAAAACAGACCAUUAACAAAUUAUACUUGCUAACAUCGCUAAUCAAACAUGGCCGUACUAUUGUCCAACCCUACACUAGCAAUAUAGCUAAGGUUAUUCAACAACAUCUAAAGAAUCCCAACACUAGUGCUAUUGUAACUUCAUAUUUGUUACAGGCCUUUGCUUAAUUAACAGAAACAGCAAAUUAAGAAAUCUUGGUAAAUUUAAAGGAAGUUUUUGAUAUCAUUAUAACAGCAAUGUAAGAUAAGAGUUCUACUCUUAAAAGAGAAGCUGCUGUCAAAUCUCUAAAUUUAAUUAUAAAAAAUACAGGAUUUGUUGUACUCCCUUAUUAUCGUUUUCCUAAUUUAAUGGAUGUCAUAUUCUAGUUAAUUAGAACUGAAACUAUCCCAGAAAUGAGACAGGAAUGUUUGAAAUUACUAGGCAAUCUAGGAGCCGUAGAUUCAUUUAUUUACAAAAGUGUUUAGGGAGUGCCAACUAAACAAAAAUUCAAGUUUCUAAAAAACUAUCAAAAUGCUCUCAAUUCUGUUUCAUCAAGUGAAUUAAUGAAUGAAGUCAGAGGAUAUAGUGAGGAUUUGAUACUUAUAGGUAAUUUUAGCACUAAAAUGUUUUUACAUCUUGGAAAAUUGAAAAUGCAAGCUGAUUAAGAUAACAUUACUUUAUCAAAAUAGUGGUGCAUUAAUAACGAAAUCAGCAACUUUGGAUGCCCAAUCUCAUUAUCAUUAAGCUAUAAAUUCAUAAGAUAUUGA